UUCUUACCAAAAAAUCAAAAUCAAAAUCAAAAUCAAAAUCCCCUAAUCUCCCAAUCCAAAGAUGCCGAAGAAGAUGGGAGUUAACAGCAAGGCGGAGGCCGCCCGUGCUCGCAAAACCGCCACGGAGUCCGAGCGAAAGGAGCAGGACGCACGGCAGAAGGAAGAACAGUACUGGCGAGAAGCGGAGGGAUCAAAAUCCCGCGCCGCCAAGAAACGGGAGGAGGAAUCGGAGAAAAAAUCCGAAGCUGCCGCUCGACGAGCAGAGGCAAAAAGGCUGGCUGAGUUGGAAGAAAAGGAAAUUGAAAAAUCCAUGAAGAAGACGGAUAAAAAGGCGAACCGGGUGGCGAUUCCGGUGCCGAAGAUGACGGAGGCGGAAUUGAGGAAGCGGAGAGAAGAGGAGCAGGCAGAGCUGGCGAAAAAAGCGGAGGAGAUGAAGAAAAAGCAGAAUAGGACUGCGGAGGAGGAAGAGUAUGAGAGAAUGGUUUCGGUUGCGAAUACGAAUAGAGAGGAUUUGAUAAUUGAAGCGAGGAGUGUAGAGGAUGCUAUUGCUAAGAUGAGUGUUGCUGAUAGUUUGCCUGUUGAUAGACAUCCUGAGAAGAGGCUUAAGGCCUCUUUUAAGGCUUUUGAAGAAGCUGAGCUUCCUAAACUUAAGGAAGAGAAACCGGGCCUUACUCAUACGCAGUACAAGGACAUGAUAUGGAAAUUGUGGAAGAAAUCUCCAGACAACCCUCUUAAUCAGGUUAGUGAGUGAAUGCUUCUGCAUUUUCAGACUAGACCUGGCAAUUAAGUCUGAGGUUUAUUAUCAGGAAGUGAUCCUGUAGGCAUAUAAUUAAGGAGAAUGUACAAGUUAUGGAGCUGAAAUUGUUUAUAACUUUUAUGUACUUGUCCUAUGGAGUAUCUGCUCAUACUCUAAAAAUCUGAUUUAAUUAAUUAUCUACCAUCUUUGAGCCCAGUGGGGCUCUUCUUA